GAAGGUGACUGGGUUUGUGGAGAAGCAAAAUGUGGUAAUAUAAAUUUUGCUAGACGUUCAAAGUGUAACAGGUGUGGCAAAGAAAAAGAUGAAGGAAUUGAAAUUAAGAAACAAGGCACAGAAAUUGGAAAGUUGAUGGCAGAAAAAAGUCAUGGAUUGUUCAGUGCUGAUGACUGGCAGUGCAAGACGUGUGGAAAUGUAAAUUGGGCUAGAAGAUCUCAAUGCAAUGUAUGCAAUACUCCUAAAUUUUCUAAAGCUGAAAAACGCACAGGCUAUGGCGGCGGGUACAUGGAAAGGGAUGAAGUGAUUGAAUAUAAAGAGAGAAAUGAUUCAGAUGAUGAGUUUGAUGAGUUUGGAAGAAAGAAAAAAAAGUUCAGAGGCUCUGUUCAAGGUUCUAGUUCUAUUCUUCAAGAUUGUGCUGACAAAGAUCUGGAUAAAGAAGAAAAUGUAAAAAAAACCAUUGAUCAAAGAAAUAAAUAUGAGGAAGAUGAAGAU